UGGCAAUCGGCCGCCAUUUUCUUCUCCCUCUAUCUGCUGCAGUGUCGUUUCGGACGCGGAACAAGACAGUCGUAUAUUGCAGUAUUUUGUAUUCUUCUCGUUAAUUCUUCUACUUCUGUUAUCUCUUGCGCAGUCGUUUAGGUGUGGCGUCUUCAUUAUUAAAAAUAAGGAAAUGAGAAACAAUGCAAUUAAUCCUCGAUUCUGAGCCCGCUUUAGCUAUAGAGAGAAAAAUGUCCGCGAUUGGCGAUGUACAUAAUGAGAAAGUUGGAAAUGGUGAUACUGAAAAACUUGAUGAAAAUAAUUGCAACGGUAACAAAGAAAACAUAGCCGACGCUAACAUUAUUACUAAUGAUGAGGAGAAUAAACAAGUUGUAAACUCAGAAGUUGACACUUCAACCGACACGGCUAUUGAAACAAAAUCCGGUAAUGCUGAAGAGGACAAUAGGAAUGGUGAUGUUAUGAAAGAAGCACCUGCAAAUAAUAUUCCAGAGCCAAAAGAUGGAAAUGAAGAAUCUCAAACUAAUGGUAUAAGUGUAGAAGCUGAAAUUACCGAUAAUAUUAUUAAUGAAUCUGAUACGAAGGCUGCAGAAAUUGAAGACGAAAUUGCGGAAAAUGAAGCCGUUGUCGUUGAAAAGGAAAAUUUAAACAAAAAUCUAGAAGAUCCAGAAAAAGUUUCGAAAACUGUAGCGAAUUCUGUAAAAAUGACGGUUGAAGCAAAUUUACCCAGUGCUAAAAAGGAUACUGAAAUCGUAGAAAAGCCUGUCGAAAAGCAAGAAGAAUGCGACACAGCAGAUUUGCCUGGUGAUAAAGAUGACAUUGAAAUUGUAGAACAGCCAGUUGAAAAGCAUAAAGAAUGCGAUAUUACAUUAGAUAAAGAUUUAGAAAUUCAAGCCAAUACUCCCGAAAACAAGGAAAAACAAUUAGAUGAUAGCAAUAAUGAAAAAUCAAAACCCGACUGUGAUCCUUCUACGCAAGAUGACAUGGACGUCGAAGAGGUUGUUGAACCAGCAAAUACUAAAGAAAUUGUUGUUUUAAAAACAGACGAAAUUUCCACUGCCCCUGCUAGAACGAACAAUGUAAAUAAACCUAUUAUUGUAUGUAAGUUAUCUAAUACUCUUGAUAUAUUGUCUGACGAUGAGGAUGAGGCACCCCCUGAACCUCCACUGGUCGUGGAUGCAACUGAGAAACAAUGCAUUAACAUAGAAGAUGACGAUGACAUCAUGCUUAUUGAUGAGGACACAAACAAGACUGAAAAACCUCAAAAUGUAGAUAUUAGUAAUAAAGAGGAAACUCCAAUUAGUGUAAAUGAGAAUGUAACGAAUUCUGAAACUGGAGAAAAGAUCAGUGAAGAGGAUCUAUUCGCUAAGACUGAAGAUAAAGAAUUGCCGAAGACUCUGGAAGAUGGAAGUGAUUCUAUUAAGAUCAAUGAAAAGCAAGAAGAUUCCGAACCUAAGUUAGAAUCGGAUGCGCCGCUAAUUCCAGAGAACUUUUUCAAAACUGCUAAGAAGAAUUUAUCUGAUAUGACCCGGGACGAGUUGGAGGAAUUCUGCAUACUUAAAAUAGUAGAGAGUAUUGUCGACCGAAGUAAUUUAAGUGAAAUUAAGAACAGACUAAAGACUGUGGCACAGGGAAUCGAGGAAUACAGGAAAAAAGCAAUGAUGCUUUCAAAGCAGAAUCGGGAUCUACAAGUAGUGCUAAAGUCCAUUCAAGAGGAACAGAAGAAGGUGUCACCAGAAACGCCAAUAACGCCCCUGAAAAUUACGCGGUCAGUGGGCAUGCAAGUUUACAUGGAAAAGUCGGGUGCACGGCGAAAAAAUGUCGCGCAAUUACAAAAUCCCAAUAAUAAUAGUGCUUCCAACAGACAGAAUGCGAAAACCCCUGGUGGGCCGGCCACUAGCGGACGUGCUCCGAAAACACCUGCUGCUACACAAGCCAUACCCGUCCCGAGGCUAGUGCCGGCUAGCAACAACCCUGCUAUGAAGUCUCCAAGUACCAUACCUAUGGUUAAUCAGACAACCCCUACUAAAGCUGCCACUGCCAUCCCGAACGGAGUCAAAUCCCCUAUGCCUGCACAAAAAGUGGCUGAAAAAAGACAGCAUAACAGAAUUUUGUCUGUGACAGUAGACCUGACUGAUGAUGAACCACCAACGAAAGUGAACAAUAGGACUUCACCUGCACCACCAGUCAGAGUUGUUCCCUCUCAAAAUUUAAUGGCAAGUCCUAGACAACCGUUUGCAAGCAAUAGUAGUCUUCGAAAAGUGUACAUUCCUAUAAGUGGUCCUCAGACUCAAGGCUUAAGACCUGGACAGACUAUCAUGGUAAAAACUGUUCCUGCAACGGGUUUAAGACCAAGGGGUCCUACACCUCCAGUGCCAAGAGCAGCAGCAGGUGCAGUCAGAAUGAAUAGGGCCCAAACUGGAAGGCAUCCAGCACCAUUACCUGACAUCAUGAAGCAAUACCAGCCACCAAAUUGGAAAGCUUUGCCGCCUGCCCCAGACCUAAAACUGUCCAAAGUAGAAAACGGCAUAGUCAUCUCUUGGAAAAUUGAAGGUUAUCAAGAAGACAGUUAUGAAGAAAUUGCCAGUUAUCAGCUUUAUGCAUACCAAGAAACAUCAUCUCCACCUAGUACAGCAUUAUGGAAGAAGAUUGGAGAUGUGAAAGCGUUGCCUUUGCCUAUGGCCUGUACGCUGACCCAGUUCAUGGCUGGCUUCAAAUACUACUUUGCUGUAAGAGCAGUAGACAUCAGAUCUCGUCUUGGCCCCUUCAGUUUACCUGGGAGUAUACUGCUGCUGAAUAAAUUGUAAGACUGAUAAAAGUGAAUAGACAAUUUAGUGUAGUGUGGUGAACUCAGUGAUGUGGAAUUUAACGUGCCCUGGUUGUUUAUGUUUAUUAUUUAUUGAGCAUGUUCAAGUCAUUUUACUAAACAAAAUUGUAAAGUUCCUUAAUUUGGUCAUUGUAACAAUUACCAUGACACAAAUUAAAUGUCUAUGGUAUUUUUACAAUAUUUAACACUUCUGUUGAAUUUUGUUUUAACAGAUAUUGUACCGUAUUCUGCUAAGUUGACUGAUAUUGAUCUUCUGAACAAUUUGAAAUAUGGUAGUUAAAUUAAAAUAGUUUUUACUGUAAGACGAUAUUCUAAUGUAAAGUUGUAAUUAAGCUUUAUCACAUAAAUACUUAACAUGUGAUUACAGAUUCAAAAUCUA